AGUCAUAGAGAAUAGAAGAAGCUACUACAAUUAAUGGAGGCUCCGCAUUCUGUUAAAGUUAUAACGGUGUCACAGGACGGAAAAGGAGACUACCGGACGGUGCAGGAGGCUAUCGAUGCGGUGCCGGUAGGCAACACUCGCCGGACGGUGAUCCGGGUGGCCCCGGGAACCUACCGGCAGCCUGUUUAUGUGGCGAAAACAAAGAGGUUCAUCACGCUUUCCGGCAUAUUCCUUGAGGACACUGUUCUCACAUGGAAUAACACUGCUGCAAGAAUCCAACACCACAAAGGUGAAAAGGUGAUAGGAGGAGGAACGUUUGGUUGUGGCAGCACCAUUGUGGAAGGUGAAGACUUCAUUGCUGAGAACAUUACCUUCGAGAAUUCUUCCCCUCAGGGUUCAGGGCAAGCUGUGGCAAUGAGAGUAACAGCUGAUCGAUGUGCUUUCUAUAAUUGCAGGUUCCUUGGAUGGCAGGACACACUGUAUUCACAUUAUGGCAAACAAUAUUUUAGAGAUUGCUACAUUGAAGGAAGUGUGGACUUCAUUUUCGGCAAUAGCACUGCACUCUUGGAGCAUUGUCAUAUCCACUGCAAAUCUCAAGGCUUCAUAACAGCACAGAGCAGAAAAUCUCCACAUGAAACAACUGGUUUUGUGUUCCAAAGAUGUGUUAUCACAGGUAAUGGGGGAAGGGAAUAUGCAUAUCUUGGAAGACCAUGGGGACCCUUUGCAAGAGUGGUCUUUGCAUUCACUUAUAUGGAUCCAUGUAUACAACUUGCUGGUUGGAACAAUUGGGGUAAAGCUGACAAUGAGAAAACUGCUUGCUUUUUUGAAUACAGGUGUUUCGGGCCGGGUUAUUGCCGAUCAAAACGGGUCAAAUGGGCCAGAGAAGAAGCAGAACAGUUCUUGCUUCAUAGCUUCAUUGAUCCAGAAGCAAAUAAACCUUGGCUUGCUCAAAGAAUGGCCUUCAAGGUUCCAUAUUUUGCUUAGAAAUAACAAUAUCACAUUAUCACUGAUGAGGACAACACUUUUUUGACAUGAGACUGUCUCAAAUACUUGAAUAAGUAUCUUGAAUUUUGAA